AUCCGGUCAUCGACAGGAACGAGUGUGGAGAUCAUGAACGUCGGAGCUACGAUCCUCAAGUUGAACACGAAAGACAGGACAGGUGAGCUCGGAGACAUUGUACUUGGGCAUCAGGACGAGAUGCGCUACCUUCAGGACACCAACUACUUCGGCGGCAUCGUAGGAAGGGUGGCGAACAGGAUCAAGGACGGGAGGAUGGUGGUGGGAGGGAAGGAGUACGAGCUUGACUGCAACAACGGAGCGAACCACCUCCAUGGCGGCACCGUCGGCUUCGAUAAGCGAGUCUGGAACUGCAGGAGGAUCAGGAACGGCCUCGAGUUCUCGCUGCUGAGCAGGGAUGACGAGGAGGGUUACCCCGGGGACUGCCAGGUCACUGCGAGAUACACCCUCGUGGGCGAUGUACUCACCCUGGAGAUGCGAGCAAGGAGCAUGAGCGCAACGCCGGUGAACCUGGCGCAGCACAGCUACUUCAACCUGGCAGGACAUGCGAGCGGCAACGUGCUGGGACAUGACGUGCAGCUGUUUGCAGACAAGUAUACCCCGAUGGAGCAGCAGAUUCCGACGGGAGAGGUGAGGGGGGUGGAGGGGAGCGCGUUUGACUUGCGGGAGCCGUCCUGCCUUGGGAAGAAAAUCGAGCAGCUGGCAAGGGAGAAAGGGCUAUGCCCCGCUCCCAUUGGGUUCGACGACAACUUUGUGGUGAGGAACAGGAAGCAGAGCCUUCUCGAGCGGAUCCUGUCCCUGGGAAGGGAGCAGAUGCAUCCCGUCGCGAAGGUGGUGGAGAGGAAGACAGGGAGGACGAUGCUGGUGGAGAGCAACGCUCCAGGGGUUCAGUUCUACACGGCAAACUUCCUGUGCGGAGUGAGAGGAAAGGAGGGGAGCGUCUACCUUCAGCACGGGGGACUCUGCCUGGAGACCCAGCACUUCCCCAACUCGAUCAAU